AUGAGAAGAAGUGACUUAGGAAAGAGUAUCGAUGGGCAGAAGAAAAAUAAGUCGGCAGUGCAUAGCAGAGACAACAAAAAAACAAGAAGAAUGAGAAAAUCCUCUUUGAGCAAAGCACAGAAAAAUUUUCAAGUAUUCAAUGACGUCGAUAAUCAUGUUAACAAGUACGAAAACCUUACGGUCGACUCCAGUGAAUCUGAAAUACUGGACAAAAAGCAUCAUAUUUCCGACGAUAUUUUGAUCAUCGAUGAAGAGGACAAUGAUGAUGGAUAUGACGAUUACGAUGGCCAUUACGAUAGUCCCCGAGAUGUGCCCACAGUGUUAAUAUCAUCUGACGGUGAGAUUGAAUCUUCAAAUGAGCCGGUUCCUAGGCUUGGUAGUGUUGAUGGCAAUGCUUUAGCUGCCAAUGAUGAUUUUAUUGCAUUAUCUAAUAGCUCCGAAGAAGAGCAAACAAUGGCAGAGAAAGAGAAUGAUGAGGGAAUACAAGAAGCUCAGAUGGAGACCAAUAAAAUGUCAAAUCCACACUUAAGGACUCUAAAUUCAGAUUAUCCCUGGAUUUUAAAUCAUGAUCAUUCAAGACAGAAAGAAAUAGCAGACUGGUUAACAAUGGAAAUUAAAGACUUUGUUGGUUAUAUCUCACCAAAUAAGAAUGAAAUCGAAACUCGUAACAGGACGAUUAGUAAAAUUCGCCAGGCUAUUAAACAGUUAUGGCCAGAUGCGGAUUUGAAUGUAUUUGGGUCAUAUGCAACAGAUUUAUAUUUGCCCGGCUCUGAUAUUGAUUGCGUUGUCAUUAGUAAAAAUAGCGACAAAGAAAAUCGAAAUAGCCUGUAUUCUUUAGCUAGUCACCUAAAAAAGAAGAAAUUAGCUUCUAGAGUGGAAGUUAUCGCGAAGGCAAGAGUUCCUAUCAUCAAAUUUGUUGAACCUGAAUCGCAGAUCCAUAUCGAUGUUUCUUUUGAGAGAACAAAUGGAAUUGAAGCCGCUAGACUAAUAAGAGAGUGGCUGGAUGACACACCUGGGUUAAGAGAACUCGUUCUUAUAGUCAAGCAAUUUUUACAUUCAAGAAGAUUAAAUAAUGUUCACACUGGUGGUUUAGGUGGAUUUAGCAUAAUAUGCCUCGUUUUUGCAUUUUUGCAUUUACAUCCAAGAAUAAUAACAAAUGAAGUUGACCCGAUGGACAAUUUAGGUGUUUUAUUAAUUGACUUUUUUGAACUUUAUGGAAAGAAUUUUGCUUAUGAUGAUGUUAGUAUCAGUGUGAGUGAUGGUAAACCUACGUAUAUACCAAAAAGCGACUGGAAAGAUCUCAACACUAGAGGAACAUUCACAUUAGCCAUUCAAGAUCCUGGUGACCCUUCCAAUAAUAUCAGUAGAGGUUCAUUCAACUUACGAGAUAUAAAGAAAUCCUUCGCAGGUGCGUUCUAUUUGUUAACUAACAGAUGCUUUGAAUUGGAUAUGGCUACUUUUAAGGAUAGAUUGGGUAAAAGUAUUUUAGGAGACGUCAUAAAAUAUAGAGGGAAAGCAAGAGAUUUCAAUGAUGAAAGAAAUCUUGUUAUCAACAAAGCUAUUGAGGAAAACGAACGAUACCAUAAGAAACGCAGCAGGAUUGUUCAUGAAGAAGUAUUCAUAGAUCCAAGUGGUGAUGAGGCAGUAGAUCAAGCUAUAGACGAAGAAGAAGAUAUGUAUCACAUUGAAGAACCUCCUACCAAAAAACGCAAGAGGGAUAAACAGAAAGAGAAAGGUAAACACAAGAAAAGGAGUAAAACUGCAUCUCCCACUCCUAACGUGGUCAUUGAUAAUAAUGGGUCCUCGGAUUCCAAACGGGAGUCGAGCAAGGCACCUCCUAAGGAUGAUAACCCGAAGAACAGUGUCGAAUCUCUAAUGGGGCUCCCUACUGAUGAUGAAGAUGACGAUGAUGGCGACGGAUACAACCCCUUGGAGGCUGAAGAAAAGACAACAACAAAAACAAAUAAUGAUACAAACGAUGAUGAUGAUCAAGAUGGCGAAUCAUCAUUAAAAAAAUACACCGUAGAUGCCCAGACCAGAAGGGACUACUGGCUCGGUAAAAGUAACGCAAUGUCUAGCAACAGUACAUAA